AUGUCCAAUGCCACUGCGUCAAAACGAGAGCUCUACCAACUCGCUUCCGUACAACGAGAGGUCGUCACGCCGAUCGCAGCUGCCGCGCCGGUUGCAGUGCACAGAAGACUAAUAACCAUAUUCUCCAGUGCUGCCCGCGCGGGCUUCGAGGUUGCAAGAGAGCUGAUCAUACCAACAGCAGCAGGCCUGAGGAAGCCGGACAUGAUUGCCCACAUGGGAAGAUUCGGCAUAGUCAUCGACGCCCAGGUGACCAACGACCAGCAGAAUAUGCGCCAAGUCUAUAGCGCAAAGAGAGAGAAGUCCGACAACGACGACAUCAACCAGUUCAUGAGAUCAACGUACAAGGCAACCAACAUCUGUCAUCUACCUGUGAUUCUCUCCUGGCAUGGUCUCUGGUGCGACAAGUUGGCAAGCUUGGAACGUGUAAUCGAAGAGACUUGGCUGUGA